AUGUCUGUCGUCUCCCUCCUCGGGGUCAAUGUGAUCAACAACCCCGCCAAGUUUACCGACAAGUAUGAGUUCGAGAUCACUUUCGAGUGUCUAGAGCCGCUCCAAAAAGACCUCGAGUGGAAGCUCACGUAUGUCGGCUCGGCGCAGUCGGACAACUACGACCAGGAGUUGGACUCGCUGCUGGUCGGGCCGAUCCCCGUGGGCAUCAACAAGUUCGUGUUCGAGGCGGACCCGCCCGACACCAAGCGCAUCCCCAUCGACGAGCUGCUCGGCGUCACGGUGAUCCUGCUCACCUGCGCCUACGACGGGCGCGAGUUCGUACGCGUCGGCUAUUAUGUCAACAACGAGUACGAGAGCGACGAGCUCCGUGACGAGCCGCCCGCUAAGCCCGACGUCGAGAAGAUUCGCCGUAAUGUUCUUGCCAACAAGCCUCGCGUGACUAGGUUCGCCAUCAAGUGGCUUCUGCCCGCGCCGAAUUCCCAUCCGAGCAGCCCGAGGCUGACCUCGUCGCUGACGAGGACGAGUACGGCGCCGAAGAGCUUGCCGAAGAGGAGGAGACCGAGGCAGUCGAGGGCACACGGGGAGGAAUCCGCCGAUAAGGACGCGCAGAUGGAGGGUGUUGAGGGCCCCGACGGCGAGGGCGAGAACGUGGCGGAGGACGACGAGCUCUCUGACGAUGGCAGCGUUGAUAUUGAGGGUGAGAGUGAGGAUGAGCUGCUGGAAGAGUAUGAGGUUGUCGACCAGGAGGGCGGCGAGGCCGCUGAGGGCGACGAGAUGGAGGUCGACAAGCCCGAGCCCACGGUCCACAAGCAGGAGGCCAUGGUCCACUAG